GCAAAGGAGAGGUUUGCAUGUGCUCUUGGCGUGGCAUUAGCACCACCCACUCUUACUUCUCAGCUCCUCCUUCUCCUCUUAGCCCAUCAAUUACUACCCACCUAUAGCCAUAGACCCACCCCAUGCGUGCUAGAGAUGUUCCAGUCCCCUCCAUUUUGCUCAUCCUCUUCGCGCUCUCCGUCGUCGUCACGCAGGCGCCCUUCUUCCGGGCUCGGCGCCUGAUUAGCGAUGCCGGCGGUGGCCGCGCUACGGCUUGCACCAAGGACGCCGCCACCUGUGGCUGCGAUUACUCUGAUGGGAAAUGGGUGAGGAGCCGCUCCACUGAUGCUAUGCCAUACGGGGAGGACUGCCCGUUCCUCGACCCCGGCUUCCGCUGCAUGCAAAAUGGGCGGAAUGACUCCUCCUUCCGCCACUGGCGUUGGCAACCUCGCCGCGGCAGCUGCCACCUCCCUAAGUUCAAUGCAACGGAUAUGCUGGAGAGGAGCCGGAACGGCCGGAUCGUGUUCGUCGGUGACUCCAUUGGCCGCAACCAGUGGGAGUCCAUGUUGUGCAUGCUCGCCGCCUCCACGCCGGCCGGUUCGAGGAUAUAUGAGCAGUUCGGGAAGCCUCUGAGCCGGCACAAAGGCUAUCUAUCCAUGGUCUUUGCGGACUACAACCUCUCCGUGGAGUACUACCGCGCACCAAUGCUCGUCAUGGUUGAUCGCCUCCCUCCGGCGAGCGAUGGCGCCAUCAAGAGGGCCAUCCGACUUGACGCACUACCGCGGCAUGCUGCCCGCUGGGCUGGCGCUGACGUGCUCAUCCUCAACACGGGCCACUGGUGGAACCUACACAAGACCAUCAAAUCUGGAAACUAUUUCACGGUGGGCGACCGGUUCAACAUGACAACAAACAUUAAGGAAGCAUUCCGGCGGUCUCUCCAGACGGUGAAAGAUUGGGCACUAACCAAUGCACGACUCUCCAAGAGUAGCUACAUCUUCUUUAGGAGCUAUUCUCCAUCGCACUACGGCAACGGGACAUGGGACACAGGUGGCUCCUGCGUGGAACAAUGGGAUCCGCUAACGUUGAUUACCAGUGAGAGUGACUGGCAUGAGCACUUGUGGAUCAACACAAUGAUCUCAAGUGCGGCACAGCGCAUGAGGAGACGGCAUGGAAUGAACAAGGAUGCCGUCUUCUUGAACAUAACGUACAUGACGGGCAUGAGGGGGGACGGGCACCCGUCGAGGCACCGGGAGCCCGAGACGCCAUCGGAUGCGCCAGAGGAUUGCAGCCACUGGUGCUUACCGGGUGUGCCGGACACGUGGAACCAGAUGAUGUACGGGCACCUCGUGUCCAUGGGAUUCGACAUGAGGUCAAUUAAAAGAUAGGUAGAUGCAUGCUAUAUAUGUGGUUGUGUGUGCAGGUAUAUUGUUUGGAAGGCAAGAUCGGACCAGUCCUAGUCAUAGUUAAUUUAAAUUUAUUGUGUCAUCUAAAUACUUAGGUUGUAGUAGUUUAUACAA